ACCGGAGGGCUGGGCUCCUUAGUGCUGGAGCUACCCGCUGACAUGUCUUGGCCGCAGCUCGGACUCUUCCAGCCUGGCGGCGCCCCCGGGCUCGCUCGGCUGCUUCCGUGGUUGCUGCUGGCCGUGCAGGGCCUGGCCCAGGCCGACUGCCCGUGCGGGAAGCCAGAGCUGUGCCGCCCGAUCCGCCACCGCCCAGACUUUGAGGUUUUUGUGUUCGAUGUUGGACAGAAAACUUGGAAAUCUUAUGAUUGGUCACAAAUUACAACUGUGGCAGUUUUUGGAAAAUAUGACUCAGAACUCAUGUGCUAUGCUCAUUCGAAAGGAGCAAGAGUAGUGCUAAAAGGAGAUGUAUCCUUAAAGGAUAUCGUUGAUCCUACUUUCAGAGCAUCCUGGAUAGCUCAAAAAGUGAAGUUGGCUAAAACACAAUAUAUGGAUGGAAUUAAUAUAGAUAUAGAGCAAGAAGUUAACUACUCAUCGCCUGAAUAUGAUGCGUUAACUGCCUUAGUAAAAGAAACCACAGACUCUUUCCAUCGUGAAAUUGAAGGAUCACAGGUGACCUUUGAUGUAGCUUGGUCUCCAAGGUGCAUAGACAGAAGGUGCUAUAAUUACACUGGAAUUGCAGAUGCUUGUGACUUUCUUUUUGUCAUGUCUUACGAUGAACAAAGUCAAGUCUGGUCAGAAUGUAUUGCAGCAGCCAAUGCUCCCUAUAAUCAGACAUUAACUGGAUAUGAUGACUACAUCAAGAUGGGCAUUGAUCCUAAAAAACUUGUUAUGGGAAUCCCCUGGUAUGGUUAUGAUUACACCUGUCUGAAUCUAUCAGAGGAUCAUGUUUGUACCAUUGCAAAAGUCCCUUUCCGGGGAGCUCCCUGUAGUGAUGCUGCAGGACGUCAAGUGCCCUAUAAAGUGAUGAUGAAGCAAAUAAACAGUUCUAUUUCCGGAAGUCAGUGGGAUAACGAGCAGCAAGCUCCUUAUUAUAAUUAUAAAGAUCAUACUGGGCGUUUUCAUCAAGUGUGGUAUGAUAAUCCUCGGAGCAUUACUGUGAAGGCGGCAUAUAUCCAGCACCAUGGUUUAAGGGGCAUUGGCAUGUGGAAUGCAAACUGUCUUGACUACUCUGGAGAUGCUGAAGCCAAGCGGCAAACCGAAGAAAUGUGGAAAGUCUUAGAGCCAAAGCUACGGCACAGAUGAAUAUCUUCUGUCAAACUACUGAGACUUCGAAGAGUUGCUUGUAUAAAUCUGGUUUUGUUAUACUGUUUUAUAUUUCAGUUAUUAGUACACUCAAAGCCAAAUAAAGAUGCUUUAAUGGUCUGAAUUUGAAUAGAUACAUACAUCACUUCAGUAUCCAGAAACAGAAUGGUAUAAAAAAGUGAACUUUAUGAAAUGCCCUCCUAUAAUGCUUAUAUAGAAUUAACAUUUAUUAGUUGUAUAUGCUGAUUAAUAUGUAUUAAUUGUAAGUAUUAACAUAUAUCAUUAUAGAAUUAGGAGUUUUAUGACCACAAAUUUCCUGAAUGAUACUUAAAAUAUACUUAGAGAUAACUACUAAUUUUUAAGAUAGUGGUAAUUUGGAAUGAGAAUUGUUUGCUUAUAGUGGAUUUAAAAAAAUUAUUUAUUUAUUUAUUGGAUAGAGACAGAAAUCAAGAGGGAAGGGAGGGAUAGAGAGGGUGAGAGACAGAGAGAUACACCUACAGCCCUGCUUCACCACUUGUGAAGCUUUCCCCCUGCAGGUGGGGACUGGGGGCUCGAACCUGGGUCCUUGCACACAAAAUGUGCGCUCAACCAGGUGUGCCACCACCUGGGCCCAGAAUAGAUUUUUAAACACAGUCUUUCAGACGCAGUUUGCUUGGUUUUUUUCUCUUCUUUUUCUUUCUUUCUUUCUUUCUUUCUUUUUUUUUUUUUUUUUUUUUUUUUCCUUUUUAAAACCUGCAAUUUAGUGUUUCCUCUUUAGGUUCACCAGCCCAGUGUAAAUAAUGUUUUCUGCUCCCUGACUUCAUAUAGCAAUCAUACAAUGAGAAGUACUUAAAUUAAAUAUACUUCAGCCUCCAGAAAAAGAAGGAUAUAAGGGACUAAAAUAAUCACAAAAUACAAGAAGAUAAGUUGGUAAUAUUUAAAUCAGUAGGUUAGAGCAACUUAAUACUAUCCAGUUAAAUUAUUUUUGUGAAAUCAUGUCUGAAAUUUUAGAAGGGA